AUGCUAGUGAAGAAGAAUGGCUCAUGGUGCAUGUAUGUGGACUACACAAGCCUAAACAAGGUGUGCCCCAAGCUACCACCAGAUCGUGAUGAAGGAAUCACACCAGCUGACGACCUCUUUCAUCACUCCGUUUGGCGUGUACUUUUAUGUCACGAUGCUGUCGGGCUCAAGAACACGGGCUCCACGUACCAUAGGUGCAUAAACCACUGCCUCGACCACCUGGUCAGGGAUAUAGUGGAGGUCUACAUUGAUGACAUCAUCGUCAAAUCCCGCAAGACUGAGCAGCUCAUCACCAACCUAAGAGACACAUUUGAGUGCCUCCGCCACUACAACAUCAAACUCAACCUGGAGAAAUGUGCCUUCGAGGUGCCCAAGGGCAAGCUCUUGGGCUUCAUCGUUUCCGAGCGUGGCAUCGAGGCUAACCCGGAGAAGAUCACCACCAUCAGAAACUUGGGGCCGAUCACCAAUCUCAAGGGCACUCAGAAGCUAAUAGGAUGCCUGGCCUCCUUGAGUCGCUUCAUGCAGCGGCUCGGAGAGCGUGGCAUGCCUCUAUACAAGCUCUUGAAGAAAUUCGUCCAGUUCCACUGGAACAAAGAGGCGCAAGAGGCCUUCACCAAGCUCCAAGCCUCUUUUGCCUCACCUCCGACCUUGGUCUCGCCGACCCUAGAAGAGCCCCUGCUGCUCUACAUUGCCGCGACCACACAAGUGGUCAGCGCGACGCUCAUCGUGGAGCGCGAGGAGCCUGAGCACGCCCUCAAUGUGCAGAGGUCGGUAUACUUCAUCCGCGAAGUACUAUCCUACAUGAAGCUUGAUGAGAAGUUCGACGACCUCAAGCUUCACCAUGUCCUCAGCCAUGAUAACCUCACCACCGAUUUCUUAGCGAAGCUCGUGUCGAACCGCGAGCAUGCCCCGCUAGGAGUCUUCGACAAUGAUGCCCACGAGCUGUUGAUCAAGCUCGCCAAGGCACCCACCCCUGCGCUCGAUGCAAGCCACCCCGAGCCGGCAGCGGAGCUAGCCGCAGGGGCCAAGAUGGGUGCCCCCAACCUCAAGGUCGUGGCGCUUGAGCCAAGCUGGACCAUGCCCUUCCUCAACUACCUAUUGCGGGACACCCUCCCCACCGACGCCAAUAAGGCGCGCCGCCUCGUGAGACACAUGAAGGCCUCUAUGGUCGACUGGGAGGAGCUCUACAAGUGUAGCCCAUCAGGUAUCCUCCAAAAGUCCAUUCCCACUGACCAGGGGCGGGAGCUACUUCUGAAGAAACAUGUCGGCAUCUGCGGCUACCACGCGGCCCCGAGUUCCGAUAAGGCUUCUACUGGCCCAUGGUGGUGGCAGACGCCCAGCAGAUCAUUUGCUCCUGCGAAGGUGUGGGGCCUUGACCUGAUCGGGCCCUUCAAAAGAGUGCCUGGGGACUACACCCACCUCCUCAUAGCGGCAGACAAAUUCACCAAAUGGAUCAAGGUGAAGCCCAUCACCAAGUUCAUGAGAAGGAAAUUCCUGCGCUUCUACGAUGAAUACCACAUCAGGGUCGACUUGGCCUUAGUGUCCUACCCACGCACCAACGGGCAGGUCAAGCGGACUAAUGGCAUGGUCUUGCAAGGCCUCAAGCCUCGCAUCUUCGAUGGGCUCAAGAAGUUCGCGGGGCGGUGGACACGUGAGGUACCCGCAGUGCUCUGGAGCCUAAGGAUGACCCCAAAUAGGUCCACGGGUUUCACACCCUUCUUUGUGGUAUACGGUGCGGAGGCUGCCCUCCCCACCAACCUCGACUACGGGGCGCCACGUGUCAAAGCGUACGAUGAGUCAAGGUCGGAGGAGGCCCGCCAGGAUGCGCUUGACCAGCUCGACGAGACGCGAGAUGUGGUGCUCCUCCAAUCUGCCAAGUACCAACAAGCCCUCCGACGCUACCACAGCAUGAACGUACGAGGCUGUGCCUUCCAGGUCAUAGAGCUGGUCCUCCGAAGGGUCCAGACAUCCCAUGGCAAGCACAAGCUCACGCCACCAUAG